CUUCUGUACUUGUGCAGGCAGCUGUGUCGUGAACGCAAGUUGAAGCAGGCCUGGACAUCCAACGGCAAGAUCAGCGUCCGUGACUUUGGGGACAGGACUUAUGCGAUCCGCAAGGAGUCGGAUCUAGCUCCCUUUGGUCAUGUGUUGAAAGAGAGUGGCCACUCAUAGACCAUUCUUGUUUACAUCGUGCCUUGCUACAAUCAAUCAAAUAACAUUUUGUCUAUCGUUUAUAGAUAGUCUAUGAUUUAAAUCAUGUUUUUUUUUUUCUUCAUACCUAUAUAUAUAGUAUAUACUGUCACUGUGCUUAGUUAUGAGUACUCCAAAUCGCUAGUCUCAACAUAAACACCCUAUAUAAAAAAUCUGUAAGUUUAAAUGUUACUUUUCACCCUUACCACGUACAAAACCCUACUCCCUUAUUAUUACAAAUGCACUCAACGUGCAUACUAUUGUGUACAUAUGUUGUGUUUAUUUGUACAUUGUUUUCUUGCUCAUAUGAGAGAGAUGUUCAUAUCAUUGUUGUACUAUACGUGGACCUUGUCCACUUGUUCUAUUAUUCAGUCAUCAUCACUUCAUUUGAUUUCUUAUUACCCCAACUGACUCGAAAUUCCUCAUUUGAAAUCUACCAUAACCCAGGCAUUACCUGAUUAAUGUGUGUAGAUGUCUGUAGCUACCUGGCCAGUGUGGGGUUAUUUUAUCAAAUUGCCAUUUUUCCCAAAUCAUCAUUAAGUUUGUCUGAUUUCGUCUGUAUCAAUUUACUAUUACAAUAUGGCAUAAAAUGUGUACCUAUCAUCAUAUUUUUACAUGUAUACUCAAGCAUGGGGUUAAACCAUACAAAGCACGAUGAUAUCUCAUUCACUUGUUCUACUAUUAGAUCUACCAGUGUUCCUAUUUUUCACAAAUCAUGUAUAUUUGUAUCUAUGACUUUACUUACUUUUUCGUACCUACUUCUUCUCCUGUCAGGCGAUAUUGAAGUGAACCCAGGACCCUUCCCAACACCAACUGUCACACAUUCAACAUCCACUUGUAAUUCAUCAACAAUUACCCCAAUCAACACAUCUUUCGAUCCACGUAGAUUUACUUUCGUUCAUUUAAACGUUCAAAGUCUAACACAUAAGGUCCAUAUACUCGAAACAGAACUUCACAAUCACACCAUCCUUUCAUUUACUGAAACAUGGCUUCACGAAGAUAACAUUACCUCGGAUAUCGAUAUACAUAACUUCCAGACUCCAUUCUGUCGUUGUCGUAAAACUAAAACAGGAGGGGGCGUGGCAGUAUAUGUAAAAGAUAAUAUUUUCGCAAAACGCAGAGUCGACCUUGAACCAACCACGGUUGAGUGCGUUUGGUUGGAACUUUUUAUGGGUGGUCAAUCUUAUCUGUACGGAACGUUUUAUCGACCCCCAAACUCUCCAGUAUCUAUAUGGAGUGAUAUUGAGUACUCCAUAGACUUAGCUUUUAAUACCAAAAUUAGCAAAAUAAUAAUCACAGGUGAUUUCAACGCAAACUUACUGACCAACAAUUACCAAUCCGAGUAUCUUAUCAAUAUAAUAAAUAUGUACAACAUGACCCAACUAAUUGAAGAACCAACCCAUUUUACUGAAGAAACUUGUACACUUCUAGAUGUUAUUAUAGUCAGUGAUAGUAAUAUUCUUGAAAAAGCUUAUGUUGGCGAUUGUUUUCUGGACAAAAUGUACGUUAUCAUUGUCCUGUUUAUGCGUCGUUAA